AUGGAUGUACUUCUGACAGCGCUUUACAACUCUCCGUCCGACAAACGUAUGUCUCAAACACUUCAGUGUCGGACCAGUAGUUCGUUUCGUCGAAAAAUCAAUUCAGCCUUUUCUACCCUUAACUCCCGUUCCGCUCAAAGCGCAGCCACCGAUGCAUUCCUCUCGUAUUGUGAUUACAAUUAUAACAUUUCAGGCAAUCGUCUCAACAGUCAUAACAAUAAACUCAAGAGUCAGUCACCAAAAGAGAACCAUUGCUUAGACAAGGAGUCAAUUAAUACAGUGAUCAACGAUUACAGUUUGGGAGAUGUGGUCGACGAGUUCGAGGAGGCAUGGAAUGAGUCCCACAGCCGAAGACAAUCCAAUGCUAGUGAUUGCGAUCAAGUAAUGCACAAACAACACAUUAUGACAGACUCAGAACGAGGGCCAUCGCCCCCGACCUCACCCACUCCCUCCUCCUGCACGUCAUCCAACAUAUCGAGAGUUGUUUUGUCACAAAUUCGAGAUCAGAUGGCAAUGAGUUUAACGCGAGUUAAGGAACUCGAGAAUCAAAUGAAAUUCAUUCCAAACUUAAAGCAAAAAGUGAUUGUUUUGAGAGAAGAAAAUAAGCGACUAAUGAGGAGAUUAGAGGGCGAUUCAGACGACGGCAAUAUUCUCAAUGAUCCACAAAACAAGACUCGCGUCCGAGAACUGGAAAGAAGCGGUUUUAUUACACCACCGCUGAUGAGACGCAAGAAUCACUUCAAAUCGGAGUCCGAUACCGAAGACGACGAGUUUGGAGACAUUUGGAUGCGCUCUUCGCCUCCGCCCGAGAAACUCAUUUCUUCCAAAAACAUUAGACUCGAAGAAUUGAAUGACAGACUCAAUGAUUCGCCCGAUUCUGGGCUCCGAAAAUCAAUUGAAAUGAUAUCCGUUUCGACGAGUACUGAAAGCGUUUCAAAAGCAUUUACUGUUGAGAUGUCGACAAAUACUGAACAAAUGCACGCGAAAGACAAUAAAUUAAGUUUUGAUAUUUUAAGUUCAAUAUCAAUACAGCCCGAGAAGACACCCACCGAAAGCAUAUCGACAGCUACUCCUCCGAUAGCCAAGCGUUCGAUUGGCAUCUCUACGAGUUUGGCGCCAAGUCUUCCACGAAAGAGCGUUGCCGUCGAAACGGACCUCAAAGCCAUCGACACGAUUAGCGUCCAAGAGUUGGAGGUGAAGAAGCCGGCGAUGGUCUCGUGGGGCACUGAUCCCAUACGCGUGGUCUACACACACUCGCAAACCCAGGCGUCGCCCAAAUGUUGUGAUGUGAGCACCAAAACGGAAGUCCAUGCGCUCAAGAAUACCGGCGUCGGAUGCAAUGCGAAAGAUUUUGGCUUAAAAGUGAAUUGGACUCAAACCGAUGGCAAAACUUUGCACCACAAGACUAUUCAGUGCUCUCAGAGUUGCGCCAAAUGCGAACUCAAACAGACAGAAACCAUUGGUAUCGGAGAUAACAAUGUUUACGGAAGUGUAUUGACAGACAAAGCGAUGACGACUGAAAGGGAACGACCGGCGAGUUUGGAUGGUCUGCUGAGCGCUUCGCCAGUUUCGAGAGCGAGUUCGGCGCAGAGCAUACGGUUGUGCGACAAAUGCAAUGACGCGAUCACAUCCGUGGCCACGGACUUUGUGACCGCUCCGCACGAAAAGCUCGCCAGUCCUACCAUUCAAAGUCGUAUUCCUCGACCCAUUCAAAGCACCGGCUCUUUGGAGAGGAGAACUAUUGACGACAAAAUCAUCGAAGAGACGGCUAAUGAAAUCCUGGUGUACAAGAAUCCUAGUUUGAGUGUCGGCUCGAGUCCUCUUAAGCGCAACUCUCCCCUCAAAAUCCCUGACUUGAGUCCGAAAACAAGAUCUUUUAAGAAGACUGAAUUGAGUCCACAGACAUCGCAAGCCAUUAAACUGAUUGACGACGUCUUCAAGAUAUCGGAAUCCGACGAAUCUGAAGAUGAGAGCAGCUCUUCAUCAGAUGAGGGCACUUAUGAGGUCGAGACCGGAGCCGUCGCUAAACCAAUAGUCAGAACACGAGUUGAACCGUCCAAAGAGAUUAAGGCCGCUCUUAAAGUCCUUAACGAUAACCUCAUUAAACCCGAAAAGGCCAACAAAUCUGCUUUAGACAAAAGUCUAUCGAUUAUCGAAAAAGAAUGGUUUAAAGUAGCGGCCGAUCAGACAUCGGAUUCGCAUUGCGUUGAAGAUUAUAUCGAUUGUUUUGAGACUUUCUCAAAGCAUUUGUUGAAUCGUGUCGUCAAUUUGGACGAUAAGAGUGGAAACACAGCCAUUCAUUACGCUAUAUCUCAUAAUAACUUUGAUAUCGUGUCAGUACUUCUCGACUCUAAAGCUGGAUAUACGGCAACAAUGUUGGUCUCGCUCUCCAAAGUAGACAACGAAACACAAAAGGCUGUCAUUAGACGACUCUUUCAAUUAGGAGACGUUAACAUCAAAGCCAAACAAAAUGGACAGACGGCGCUAAUGUUGGCCGGAAGUCACGGCCAGUUCUUCACGUGUAAGAUAUUGUUAGAGUGCGGCGCAGCCAUCAAUCUGCAGGACAACGACGGGUCCACAGCAUUGAUGUGCGCCGCAGAACACGGACACACGGAUGUCGUGCGACUCCUUCUGUCGCAUCCAGACUGCGAUCCCACUAUUGUCGACAACGACGACUCCACAGCACUUAAGAUAGCGAUGGCUAACAAUAAUAACGACAUCGGACUCAUGCUAUACGCGUCCACUUCUAUGUUGAGUCGCGGCUCUUCUCCGUACGCAUCGCUCCGAAGGACUCAAUCGAAAGCCAUUGCCGCCAGUCUUCGCAGGACUGGUUCGUUCAGUUAUGGCUACACGAGAUCAUCGCCACAGAGUCUGCAAUUGGCGCCAUCGCCACCGCCGCGUUCUAGACAUUCCUCCACAUCCACUACCAGAUCAGCUAAAACUAAGAGUGCCUUAAAUUCAAAUAACAAUAACUAA